UUGGGUUUGUUAGUUGGAGAAUGUGGAGAAAUUUUUGCAAUUUGGAAAACUGAAUUGGUUAAACGUUUUAAACAGUUUUUUUUGCUUCUGGAGAAACAAGGCUGAUUGAAUUGAUAGCUUUAAAACUUCGAAAGUAUUAUAAUAUUUUGGCCUAAUGAGUGAAGUUCAGGUAGAAAACAGGAGAAGAAAGUUAACUUCUGGUGGCAAUAGAGUGGGUAGAGGAGGAGGAAAGGUUCCUCAAGUUUCACAGUCCAGAAGGGGUGGCUUCAGUAGAAAAACUACUUAUCUUAAUGAUGGAGCAGAUUUCAGUGUAUCUGAUGGAGUAGAUUUCAAUACAGAAAAAGGACAACAUUCUACAUCUACCAGUCAUCAAACAAGAAAAGUUCAUUUGCAGCAGUUCACUUUGAGUUGUGAAAAUCAGGAAUUAAUUGAAAGUGUCUUGAAAGAUUUAAAAGGAGAAAUAGAAAAUCCUGAACAGUUAACAAAAAAGGAUCAUGUAAGAACCUUAGGACAGAAAUACUGGUUAAAUGAUGAUAAACUGAUAAUCGAGGAUUUUACAAGCUAUUCAGACUUUACUGAUGGAAUUGCAGAUGAUUCAGAAUUCACAAACAAGUAUGCUGUACAGAAAUUGCAGAGGUAUGGGUUUGAAAAAGAUAUUUGUCAGAGAGCACUGAAAGAAAGUCAUGAUGAUGUAGGUAAAGCCUUAGAGAGUCUAUUGAAGGCAUGUGCAGAAAAGUUUGUUCACAAAGAUUUUUUCAAAGAAUAUGAUUCCCCAUUUAACCCCAAAGAAAUAAUGGAGGCUCGAGAAGAAGAAAAGAUAGCUUUAGAGGCUAUCUUUGGUAGUAGUUUUUGUGAACACAUAUUAAAUAAGGUUUGGAUAGUGACUUUACAUCUUCCAUACUUACAUGAGUAUUUCCAAAAACAAACACCUACACCAAAUAAAUCCUCCACAUCUAAAGAUAGAUCCAAAGUUUGUAUUUUCUAUCAGCAAGGUAAAUGUCGUUAUGGAAGAAGUUGUAAAUUUUCACAUGCAAGUCAGCACACAGGUCCAGUAGAAAAAAUUAUUGUUGAGAAACAGGUGGAAAAUGAACAUUUUGAAUUACAAGUUCGCUUUCCAGAUAAUAACUGCUAUCCCUUUGAACCACCUCUUGUGUGUUUUUUAGCUCAUAAUGAUUCUAUUCCGUCAAGUGUAUGUUUAAAGAUUACAUUAUACUUGCUGAGGAAGGCUUAUGUCCUAGCUGCUGAUAAUAAUCCUGCUGUAUAUACCUUGACCACCUUGUUUGAUGAUAGAGAUUCAAUUUUAGCAGUUUUGGAUGGAGAACAAAUACACUUAAAUUAUUUUAGCCCUACCAUCCAUUCUCAACCUUAUACUCGUGAACCAGAAUCAAAAAAUGAAGCUAGUACAGAAAAUGAGAUGGCAGAAACCAAGCAAAAUUGUCAGCUUGGGAAAGAAAUUUUUACAGACACAUUGGACAACAGAAAAUCUAGACUUCAAACAGAGAAAGAGAUCCAAAAGUUGAAAAAAGCUUUUGUAGCAAAGCAGUCAAAUUCAAGAUACUUAGAACGACAGAAACAACGACGGGAACUUCCUGCUUGGCAGGAAAGGCACAUAAUCUUAGAAGAACUAUGUAACCACCAAGUGAUUGUCAUUAGUGGAUUAACAGGGUGUGGAAAGACCACUCAAGUGCCUCAGUAUAUCUUAGAUGAUUGGCUAAGAGGAAAUUCUUCAUCACAUUGCUUGAUAAUUUGUACACAGCCAAGGAGAAUUUCUGCAAUAUCAGUGGCUGAAAGGGUUGCAUUUGAGAGAUCAGAAAAACUAGGUGAAAGUGUUGGUUAUCAAAUUAGAAUGGAGAGUGUUCAGUCUACUCAGACAUGUCUGCUGUUUUGUACCAUGGGCAUCUUGCUACGAAGACUUGAAGGUGAUCCUCAGCUAAGUGGAGUGACUCAUUUACUUGUUGAUGAAGUUCAUGAGAGAAGUGAAGAAAGUGACUACUUACUUAUGGUGCUUCGAGAUAUCCUUCCACAACGACCAGAUCUUAAGCUUGUGCUGAUGAGUGCAACCCUUAAUGCUAGAUUAUUUUCAGAAUACUUUGGACAUUGUUCUAAUAUUGAAAUACCAGGUCGUACUUUUCCUGUUAAAGAGUUUUUCCUAGAAGAUGCAUUACAUAUGACAAAGUACAUAAUGGAAGAUGGAUCACCUUAUAUGAAGGAACAAGCAAAAGGAAAAUGGAAGGAUAUUGACGAUGAAAGGGAAGAUAAAUACCGUUGUGGAAAUCUUGAUAAAGAUUCUGAUAGUAAUUUAUCUGUUAAAAUGCUGGCUUUACGAUACCCAGGUUGCAGUAAAAAUUCUCUUGAAACAUUGGCAGCCAUGGAUUUGCAAAAGAUCAAUUAUGACCUAAUAGAAGCUGUUCUUGACUGGAUUGUGAGUGAUGAACAUGAGUAUCCAAAAGGAGGAGCUAUUUUGGUAUUUCUACCAGGAAUGGCAGAAAUUACUUCAUUGUAUGAACAACUACGAAACCAUUCAGUAUUUGGAGAGAAAGCAAGGAGGUUUAAACUUUUGCCUCUUCAUUCAUCUUUAAGUAGUGAAGAACAGUCCCUUGUUUUCAGCAAAAUGGAUAAAGGUGUCAGAAAGAUUGUUUUGUCAACGAAUAUUGCUGAAACAUCUGUGACAAUUGAUGAUGUGGUGUAUGUUGUGGACACUGGAAUGAUGAAAGAAAAAAGAUAUGAUCCUAGUAAAGGUAUGGAGAGUUUAGACACAGUACGGAUAUCUAAGGCCAAUGCAGUUCAAAGAAAAGGAAGAGCUGGUCGAGUACAACCUGGAGUAUGCUUUCAUUUAUUCACAAGUCAUCAUUUUAAAAAUAACCUCAGACACCAUCCAGAACCUGAAAUUCAACGAAUUCCAUUGGAACAGAUAGUCCUGAGAGUAAAGUUAAUGCCAAUCUUCGCCAAAAAGUCUGUUCUGGAUGUUUUGUCUUCCACUUUGGAACCUCCACCAAGUGAGAGUGUGAAAAUGGCUGUCAACAGACUACAAGAGCUGGGAGCUCUUGAUAAGAUGGAGGACUUGACACCAUUAGGAUAUCACAUUGCAUCUUUACCUGUGGAUGUUAGGAUUGGAAAAUUGAUGCUGUUUGGGUCCAUGUUCCAAUGUUUAGAUUCUGCCCUUACUAUUGCAGCCUGUUUGAGCUACAGAUCUCCAUUUAAAACAGAAUUUAUAAAACGAGAAGAAUCAGAAAAAAAGAAAAAGGAAUUUUCAGCUGGCAAGAGUGAUCAGCUUACUGCACUUAAAGCCUACAAAGGGUGGAAACAAGCAUGUAAGAAAGGUAAAGGCUACAACUACUGUAGGGAAAAUUUCCUUUCAAUUAAUACGUUGCAGACAAUAGCUAGCAUGAAACACCAAUUUGUGGAACUCUUAGCAACUAUAGGCUUUGCUCCAAAAGGUUUGACAUUUUCCCAUCUGGAAAGAAUGUCAAGAAAAAAUGGAGAUGUAAUCAUGGAAACUACAGGAUCUCAGUUUAAUGUUCACUCUGAAAACCUAAAACUAGUGUCUGCAAUACUCUGUGCAGCACUAUAUCCCAAUGUUGUUCAGGUUCUUACCCCAAUGGUGCGGUAUGCUAGUAGUAGUGGUGGUACAGUCAGAAAAGAUCCAAAACCUGAAGAGCUGCGUUUCAAAACCAGAGGGGAUAAUUAUGUGUUUAUUCAUCCUUCAUCUGUGAAUUUUAAUGUUGGUAAUUUUGAAAGCCCUUAUCUAGUGUAUCACGAGAAAGUAAAGACUUCUAAGGUUUAUAUUAGAGAAUGUAGUAUGGUUCCAGUUCAAGCCUUGUUUCUUCUUGGUGGAGGACAGUUAUCUGUAGAAAUGUACAAAGGAGAUUUAACUCUUUCUCUUGAUGAUGGCUGGGUACAUGUAAAAGUUACAUCCCCACAUGUGGCUGGGCUAAUUUGUGAACUAAAGUCUGAACUGAGUCAAUUGCUGAAAGACAAGAUUGAAGAUCCCUCUAUUGAUCUUUGCACCUGUCCCCGUGGUCAUAAAAUAAUCACCACUAUAAUGACAGUACUAUCAACAGAAUAGACAUAUUUAAUAUUCAGUAUUUUAUUUAGAUUGAAAUAUUUGUUUCAUACAUGUUUUAUGUAUGAAGAUGACAUUUUGUAAUGUUUGAAAAUUCAGAAAUAAUCAAACAUUUUAGACCUAGAUGUAAACAAACUAGGUUGAGCCACCUUUAAAAUACUAAUACAACUUAAAAUAUUUAUUGGUGUGAGUGCAACUGAUAGGAUCUGACAUGAUCUGGUGGUUAGGGUGCUCAAAUCUCAAUCUACAGGUCACUGGAUCGAAACUUUCACCGAACAUGCCUGACCUUUCAGCUGGAUGUGUAUGUGUGUUAUAAUGCUACGAUGAAUCCCACUGUUUGUUGGUAAAGAGUAGCCCACGAGUUGGUGGUGUUGACUAGCUGUAUUUCUCCUAGUCUAUCCCUUUGAAAUUAUGGAUGGCUAGUUUAGGUAGCUCUUGGGUAAUUUUGUGCAAAAAUUCAAUCACAAACAAGCAACCGAAAGUGUAAGUAAAAAAAAAAUACCAUAUUGUAUAUGGUUUUGUUACAUAUUAAAAUUAACAAAUGCCAACAAGUCAGUUAUUAAAAAUGAUGUUCAAUCAUCUUAUUUUCAUAAUUGAUAAUAACAUUCAUAAACUUACAGGAAACUGUAACUUUUGGUCUCUGCUGAAGUUAUAGAUCAAUAUACUUUAAUAAGGAAGCUUGUAUGUUCAUAAGACAACUUCUGAUCUCACAUGGUUGAUUUGUGGCCUCAAUCUGAUUUACUUUAUUCAGAAACUGCAUUCAUCACUGGCAUUAGUGAAAAUCUUAAAAAUUAUUUGGAUAAACAGAUAAAUCACACACCUGUUAUGCAUUUUCUGGUAUACUUAAUCCAAUUCAGUUUGGUUUGAUUCAGUUUACUUUGGUAUUUGCAUAUUCCUCUAUAUAGGUCUGUAGCUAUCUCUUUGUUUGAACCAAUUUAGCCUUGUAUGCGAUAAAGAUACACAGGUUGAUAUACUAAAUUUGCAGUUUUCAAUGGUGAUAA